CGCAACCGGCGACCCAAUCUCAAAGUAGAGGGUGCAGGCCGCCGCUCUCGGAAGCCCAGAGUGCUCGGGAACGGCCAUGGCGAUGCGGUCCGCUGCGCGGCAAGCCAUACUCUCUCCCCCGCUUGGGCAACGCGGUCCUGGCCCCUUCCUCUGUGGUCGCUCCUUGCCUGUCGCUCCUCGCGUGGAGCCGUGCCGAGCGUCGAGCUCCGCCACCGCGCCGGCCGCCGGAAAGCACCUCCCUCCAUUGUUCAGCGUUGCGCCGAUGAUGGACUGGACGGACAACCACUAUCGGACGCUCGCGCGGCUCAUCUCGCGGCAUGCCUGGCUCUACACGGAGAUGGUCGUCGCCGAGACCAUCGUUCAUCAGAAGGAUAACCUGGAUAGGUUUCUAGCAUUUCCUGAGGAACAACAUCCUAUCGUGCUGCAAAUUGGUGGAAGUAAUCUUGAAAAUUUAGCAAAAGCAACAGAACUGGCAAAUGAUUAUUCAUAUGAUGAGAUCAACCUAAACUGUGGCUGCCCCAGCGGCAAAGUUGCUGGUCAUGGUUGCUUUGGUGCUCGCUUAAUGUUUGAACCAGAGUUUGUAGGGGAUGCCAUGUCAACUAUUGCAGCUAAUUGUGAUGUCCCAGUUAGUGUUAAAUGCAGAAUUGGUGUUGAUGAUCGUGAUUCUUAUGAAGAACUAUGUGAAUUUGUAGAUAAAGUUGUCUCAAAAUCUCCAACUAGGCAUUUCAUCAUUCAUGCUCGGAAGGCAUUGCUUAGCGGUCUCAGUCCCGCAGAGAAUCGGAAGGUUCCUCCAUUGAAGUAUGAGUACUAUUUUGCUUUGUUGCGGGACUUCCCAGGAAUAAAAUUUACUGUAAAUGGAGGCAUAACCAAUGUUGGUCAAGUUAGUGCAUCCAUAAGACAAGGUGCACAUGGAGUUAUGGUUGGCCGGGCCGCUUAUAAUAAUCCAUGGAACAUGCUAGGACAUGUGGAUGGUGAAAUCUAUGGCAAGCAAACAAGAUGCAUUUCUCGCCGCCAGAUCCUUGAGAGCUACCAAGCUUAUGGUGAUUCAAUAAUUGACCAGUACGGGCCCAGCAGGCCAAACGUGAGACAACUUGUCAAGCCACUGUUAAACUUAUUCCACUCAGAACCUGGCAACAGCUUGUGGAAACGCAAAGCUGACUCUGCAUUGCGUCAUUGCAAGACAGUGAAAACAUUCUUGGAGGAGACUCUUGACGCCAUACCGGACAGUGUUCUUGACAAGCCAGUAAACAGGGAACCAUGCAGUGACGAAGGAUAUUUUGCUAAUAUUGAUUCUCUGUUGCCACCAAAAUACACGACGCCGAUCAACUGUAGCUAUGGAAGACUAGAACUUGUAGCCGCAUCCACCUAAGCAUCCGGAAGGUUUUCUUUUUUGAGAAGCCAGUAAACAGGGAACCAUCCAGUGCCAGUGGCGAAGGAUAUUUUGCUAAUAUUGAUUCUCUGUUGCCACCAAAAUACAUGACGCUGAUCCGCUCGCCCACUUUCUUCGCCCGCCCACUCCCCCUCUCUGGCUCCUCCGCACUGUUGUUGCUUCAUGCUACGCUCGCUGCUGUUAUGUGAGACAAAGCCACAGUAACAUCCAGCUCGCUAUUGCCUCGUUUGUUCGUGCUUCCUCCUUCCCUCUAUGACCUUCUUGGCACUAGAGGAGGGCGACGGCAGCGGCUUCUAGUGAGCCGCACCUCCCUCCCUUGCUACCUCCUCUUUGCGACCUCCAUGCCAUCGAAGAUGAUGGCUAUAGCGUAGUUUCCGACGAGGAAGGUGUCUUUCUCUGGCUAUAGCGUAGUUUUCGACGAGGUAGGUGGGUCCUUCUCUAGAUCUAACCUCUGCUCCUCUCCCUCCUCCUUUGGAUCUAAGCUCUCCUCGAUCUAGACUUGAGGGAUACACAACAGUGGCUAGGUUCUAACGAGCUCAGUUGCAGUAGGUUUGUUUCUGUUGUUGUAGUAGCGUCGUUUUGUUGUUGCACAAAUAUUUUUUUGUUACAUUAUUUUUUUUAUUCUGAUGUUGCAUUUCUAUUUCUUCUCUGGAUCUAGAUCUAAGGGAUGCAGUAGUGAUUAGAGUUUCAAUGAGCUCUAUUUGUAGUAGGCUUGUGGCAAUAGCUUUGGUUUGCUGUUGCAACAAGUACUUUUUCUUUGUUGUAUAAGUCUUUUUUCUGAUGAA